GCAACGAUCGGCAGCGUAUUUUGCCCUCCCAGCUUCUAGUCGGCCAACGCGAACGCGCCCUUCCAACGAACGCCACUCGGACCUGGGUUGUUUCUUUCGUGCUAAAGAAGGAUUCCCCUUCCUUCGCACCAAUCCACCGUUCGAUUGUGCAAGGUUACUCCGAGAUCUGUGCAGACAAAUGUACGAACAGUUCGUAUUGCCGUCAGAUCAACGUGGCACGCGAUCCAACGGUAAUCAUUCGCGAAAGAAGAUCAAUCGUUCGAAAGAUACCACCCGAAACCCUCACGAUCAGCCGCUUCAAAGCUCGUACCGCGCUCGAAGCCUUUUGAACUUCCCGUUUUAAAUCCGCUGCGGCCUCGAUCUCGAUCGCUCCCUAAGCCUCACCUUCCUAAAUACACCGCCACUUUGAACUCGCCUCCAUUUCUCCCUCCCCGUUUCUUGAACCCCCUUCCCUUCUUGAAACCCUAGCGAGCGAUCGCCGCCCAUCGCGGCGGCGCCCGCGCUGGCAUCGGCAUGGACUCCCAACUACUGGAGAUCAACCUGAUCUCAGCCCAGAGCCUCAAGCCGCCGUUCCGCCUCCGCCACGUCCAGGCCUACGCCGUCGCCUGGGUGGAGCCCGCCUUCAAGGUCCGCACCCUCGUCGACCGCACCGGCGGCGAGAACCCCACCUGGAACGACAAGUUCAUCUUCCGCGUUCCCUCUGGCUUCCUCGCCAACGACUCCACCUCCACCGUCGCCGUCGAGAUCUACGCCGCCGCCGGUCGGAUCCUUCCCGACCCCCUCCUCGGCACCGUCCGCCUCCUCGUCGGCAACCUCCGCCUCCUCUCCCGCCGCCGCGAUUGCCCCGCCUUCGACGCCGUCGGCAUUCGCCGCCCCUCCGGCCGCUUCCACGGCGUCCUUAACGUCGGCGCCACGAUUCUCCGCUGCGUCUCUCUUGUGGCCGCCAAGGUCCUCGCCACCUGCCCCGCCGUCAGCUACCGCGACCUCAUGGGGAAGGAGGCCUCCAAGAUCCGGCGCUUCCCAGCGACUCCGGCGGCGGCGGCCAGGCGUGUGGAUCCCACCGCCGGCAAGGAUCCGGCGCCCAAGGAAUGGAACGGGGGGAAGGGAUCAGCGGACUGCGAGGAUGAGGAGGAGAGAUCGGACGGCGGGGUCGUGCUGUGCGGGCCCUGCUUCCUGGGGUUGCCGAGGCGGAUCCAUCUGAGCCCAUCGGAUCAGAACCUUAAGCUUUCGUGGACGGAGGAGAAACCUGCCGAUGAUGGACGGCCCUGAUCUUUCCGAUCCGAGUCACUACAGCUUUUGAUUGCUCUCUCCCCCUUUUUUCCGUUUGGCUGCUUCUUGUUGUGAACUCGUUGAUUGUUCUUUAGAUUUGCCAAUUCUUUUGGUGGUAUUAUGGAUACAAGAAGAUACAACUCAAUGGAUAAUAUAUUUAUGUGAAUCCUGGUAUUAAAAGAACUUGGGAUUUCGUCGUUGGCUUGGGAUGACUGAACUGGGGGCUUGGGAUUUUACGAAAACUGUGAAUGACGAAAAGAAUGUGCCCC